AAAAAUCAGAUGCUAGCUGUAGUUAUAGCUCAACUUCAAAAUAUUCCAAAAUGUAAUGCAGAAUUUGUAUGUGAUACUGUCAUUAAAAAUAUUAAACAAGAUAAUUUAGAUUUUACAAGGUGUAUACUAUGGAUAACUGAUAAUACAGCUUAUAUAUCAGAAAUUAAAGGAGAUCCUAUUUCACAGCUUUAUCAAGAUGAUCAAUUAAUUACUUUACCUCCUGGCCGGC